CUACAAGAAAAAAGGAAUAUAGUGGCAGCCAACUAGCUGCAGUUGGCUAAUAUCCGUCGCCGCUUUCAACAUUCACCGCAGUUCAAACCGGCAGUUCAAACUGCCCCUGUUUGCUUUUAAGAUUGCACGCGUGCUAUGAUCUCUAUAAUUGCAUUCGCUCAGUCGGAACACUCUUUUAUGAAAACAUAAAUCUGAAUCACGUUGUCAAUUAGGGAUUUAGCACUUCCUUGCCAUCCGCCGCUUUUCCGGUUGUAGCUCCGAUUACUCUCUCUCAACACAGGGUUUUGAUAGUUUUGAAGAUGGAAUGUUAAUUUUCCCUUUGGAUUUUGCUUGAAGCUGUUCUGGAGGAGUUAGAAUUAGAAACACAUCGCAAAGAAAAUUCUUCUCUGACUGAUGCUGCAUACACAACAGUUUUUGGAAAAGAACAUCCAGGACGUGUUUGAGGCGUGGGAUAAACUUUCUUAUAUCCUUGAAUUCGAUGGAGCAUAUAGUGGAAAUCCUGGAAGGUCUGGAGCAGGAGCUGUGCUGCGUGAUGGGAACCAGGUUCAGCGCUUCAGUCAAGGACUGGGCACUCAGACAAAUAAUUCUGCUGAAUAUCAAGGUUUAAUUUUGGGAUUGAAAGAAGUAGCCAACCAAGGAUAUGAUCGUGUUUAUGUUCGAGGUGACUCUCAGCUUGUUUGCAACCAGUUUGAGGGUUCCUGGAAAGUGAACAACCAGAAUUUAAGUGGCCGGUGUAAUAAGGCUCAGCAGCUGAGGGAUAACUUUAAGUCAGUCAUUGUCGAACAUGUUCCUAGGGGCCAUAACACUGAAGCUGAUGCUCAAGCAAGUCGGGGUAAAUAUCUCAGAGGUGGUACGAGAGUUUACUUGGUGUUUUCCUUUUCCUAUGUCUCGAUGUUACUUGUUUAAUUAAGAGCAUUGUAGAGACUUUGGUGAAGAUGUAAGGUUCAUGGAUUUAUGUGUCAAAAGGGUGCGGGUAGUGUUUUUGUUCAUGGCAGGUCUGCAGUGGGGGUGGUGGUUUGUUGUUUUGUUUUGGCGCUCAAGCUGUUCUUUAUUUGCCUUUUCUUUUGGUCCUACCUGAUGGUGUUCUGUUUUUUUUUUCUUUCUUUCUAUUUGUUGUUUGUAGUCUGUGUUGUUAAAAGGGCCUAUUGUUCUAGGAGGACUUUUUCUUAAUUUUGUUUUUUUGUUUCGGAUGAUAGUUCUGGUUCCUGCAUUUUUAUGUAGGUUGUAUCUUUACUCUCCAAUGUGUAAUCCUUGUACAUAUAGAUAAGUUACUUUAAUAA